CCACACAACCCACCCACCAUCUCCCCUCAGCAGCUUUAUGGCCUCUUUUUGAGCCUCUCCUCAUCUUUUCUUCUUCACUGUGUUGUUUCAGAAGAAGGGGAGAUCAUAGUGCAACGCGAGAGAGAUGGGGAGGGGGAAGAUAGAGAUAAAGAAGAUAGAGAACCCAACCAAUAGGCAGGUGACAUACUCCAAGAGGAGGACAGGGAUCAUGAAGAAGGCAAAGGAGCUGACUGUGUUAUGUGAUGCUGAGGUUUCCAUCAUCAUGUUCUCCAGCACCGGCAAGUUCUCCGAGUACUGCAGCCCUUCCACCGACACCAAGAAGAUAUUUGAUCGCUACCAGCAGGUCUCCGGAACCAACCUGUGGAGUGCACAAUACGAGAGAAUGCAAAACAACCUCAACCAUCUGAAGCAGAUUAACCGCAACCUGCGUAGAGAAAUAAGGCAAAGAAUGGGUGAAGGCUUGGAUGGGAAGGACAUAGAGGAACUGCGCGGUCUUGAGCAAAAUUUGGAUGAAGCAUUGAAGGUUGUUCGCAAUAGAAAAUAUCAUGUGAUCAGUACUCAGACAGAUACCUACAAGAAGAAGCUGAAGAACUCCCAAGAAGCUCACAGGAACUUACUGCAUGAACUGGAGAUGAGAGAUGACCACCCAGUUUACGGAUUCAUUGAAGACGAGCCUACCAGUUACGAAGGUGCUCUCGCGCUCGCCAAUGGCGGAGCUCACAUGUACUCGUUCCGAGUUCAGCCAAGCCAGCCGAACCUUCAUGGCAUGAGAUAUGGCUCCCAUGACCUUCGUCUAGGUUAAGUUCAUGGCGCCCACAAUGUGUGUUAUCCACUAUACUGCAGCAGUAUCUUCUGCAAAACAGAUAGUAAGUGUGCUGUGUUAUUUACUGGCUAUGCUUCAGUUGUCUUGCAUGGUUUGAGGAGGUGAAACUUUUAACUGUGGUGUUCGCUCAUGUAUUAUGAAUCUAUGCUUGAUGGAACUCUUAUGUGAAACCAGUGUUGGAUUGGCA